GAGUGCCGCGGCCAGCAGGUGGUCUUGACCAACCGCAUCAGCACGGUCCUGGAGGCGAUGAUGAUGGAAGAGGUCUGGGCCGAGUCCGUGGGCACCAGCUCCAGAGCCACCCGCGCCUCGAUCCUGUCCACCUUCAGCUGGGCAAACAUGGGCAACACGGAGGCCGACUUGGGGUCGGCCGCCCUGGCCUGCCUCAUCGCCACCAUGGCCCUCACCAAGGACAAGGCGAGGGGCAUGAGGCUCAUGCGCGGCCUCGUGCAGCGCAACGCCACCGGCGCCACCUGGCCUGCUGACUGA